AUGCGUCUCCUCAACACUACCACGCUGCAGUUCGCAGAGUAUUACAAUCAAGACACACCGGAGUAUGCAAUCCUAUCACAUCGCUGGCUAGACGGACAGGAAGUGUCGUACAUUGACUAUUGCCUGUGUGUGGACCAGGCGCAACACGGGGAGAAGCUGCCAGAGUAUUUGCGCGACAAAGCGAACACCAUCCGGUCGAGAUCUGGCUUCACGAAGAUUCUGGAUUUUUGCAAAGCAGUUCGGCUGGCAGACCUCGAGUGGGGUUGGAUUGACACAUGCUGUAUCGACAAGUCCAGUAGUGCUGAGCUGACGGAGGCGAUCAAUUCGAUGUGGAGUUGGUAUAAGGAAUCUGUCCUUUGCCUCGUCUACUUCAAUGAUGUCGAGAGCGAGGCUUCGUAUGCGGAGAUUGGCAGCAGUGCCUGGUUCACAAGAGGAUGGACUUUGCAGGAAUUGCUCGCUCCGUCCAGACUGAACUUCUUCGAUCGAGUCUGGAAACCAUUGUACCGGCUAGAGAAAGCUACUUUUAAGGCGAAGAAACGUACUGCAACUAUGUACUACAUAAUGGACGACCCAGACUGGGCCGAGUUUGGCCACAUGCUUGCCCAAGCAUCUCAUGUCCCUGCUCGCUACGUUUGCGGCUAUCAGAGCCUUGAUAGUGCGUCGGCAGCAAUGAAGCUCAGCUGGGCAUCGUUUCGGCGUACCUCUCGAGUCGAGGAUAGAGCGUAUAGUCUCCUGGGACUGCUCGGUAUUAACAUGCCACUGCUGUAUGGCGAGGGGCAGCAGGCAUUCAUUCGUCUCCAGAAAGAGUUCAUUCAAACAUACGACGACGAGUCAAUACUUGCAUGGCGCUCUCCGUGUCCCUCUCCAAAUCUCUCUAGCCACUGCUUCAGCGGCGUUUUGGCCACGAAUCUGGAAUUCUUCCAAGCCUCUGGCGAUAUCGUUACGAUCAUGCAAUAUGGGAAGCCACCAUGGCAAACGAUCAACCAGCUCCUGCAGGUCGAGGCCGCCGUCUACGUGCAGAGCGCCAAUGAGGCUCCAACCACGACAAUACUGCUACCUCUAGCCUGCAAGCACAGCGACGAACGCGGCUGUCUUCACCUUGAGUUAACGGCAAGUAGCUCGGCGGGCGCUGGUGUCGGGCACUAUAUGCGCGUUUCUGCAUGUAAGCUGAUUGCUGCCGGUCCGCAGCGGAAGGUCACAGACGAUCGUCGUCUCCUCCUUCACUUGAACGCGCGUUAG